AUGUCAGAGGGAGUACUCGUAGCAAAAAAAGAUUUCAAUGCACCAAAGCAUCCAGAUAUCGAUGUACCAAAUCUCCAAGUAAUCAAAGCAUGUCAGAGCUUAGAAUCGCGCGGUUAUGUGAAGACUCAGUUCUCCUGGCAAUACUAUUAUUACUCAUUGACUAGCGAGGGGAUCGAUUAUUUGAGAGAAUAUUUGCAUCUGCCGCCAGAGAUUAUCCCGACAACAUUGAAGAAACAGGCUCGACCUCCACCGCCGAUGAGAGGUGGUCGUUCUGCUGUCGGAUUCAUAACAAAUCUUGAUUUUUACACAAGACCUAACUCCCUACAAUUGUUUUCAAAUUUCUAUAUAGAAACCGAAGGAGGCGACAGCUAUCGAGGGCCACGAGAUCGUGAUACCUAUCGGCGUCGCGAUGAUAACAAAGAGGGAGCUUCAGGUGACUUUAAGCCUGAAUUUAAAAGACGUGGUCCAAGGCCAUCAGGAGAUAACUGA